AUGGAAACGCUAGAUGACUAUCUUCUGGAGCGUAUAUUUCGAUUCGCAACCCCCGUCGACCUCGUCCGAUGCUCACAGACCAGUCAUCGAUUUAAUCAUGUCAUCACCAAAUUCUCGUCUAUUCAGCUCAGGCUGCAUCAGCAUAUCUACAACUCACACCAUCUAUCAUCGAAUUCUCAUACCUCGCACACGUCUGAUAAGGGACAACUUCAAGAAAUAAUCAGAUUCGAAAAAGCAUUCCGCGACUUCCAGCCUAGAUACUCCAAAUUCGAUAUUGACCCAGGACACUUCGUUGUUGCUGCCGAUGGGAUUCACGUCUUGACUAGGUCCAGGCAACCAUCAAUCGGUAUCGGAGAUGGAUAUUACCAGGUAUACACAUUAUGGACUCAACAAUCAGGCGGGCAACAAUGGGAAUCGAAGAAACUGAAAGUAAGAUUCCAACAUAGAAUAAAUGAUAGUUUGAUAGACUUGAAAAACGAUUUGAUAAUCUUACAAAAAAUGACACCUGAUCCAGGAGAUAUUCGCUUUUCUCCCUUUCAUUUACUCUGUGAAUCAGAAGAAUUAGAACCGUAUUCAGUAUCUGAUUUGAGGAUUGGACCCACGAAUGUAAAUAAUCCAGCUAUGUUCAACAUAGGAUCUUCGAGAUCAGCUUAUUCCCUUGGACCUAGAAACAUAUUGCAGCUCAGAAUGGAACGAACUAUCAGGCUCUACGACUGGCAGACUGGAUUCUCCAUAGGCGUCCUAGUGAUUCCAGAGACUAAAAAUCCACAUAAUUGCGCUUUUGUCGGACCUGAUUUGUUAGGUGUGCAAAUCACUCUUUCAUGGACAGAGUAUGAUGGUCCUCAUAACGGUCGAAGAGCCAAUUAUCUUCUCUUGUAUAGAAUAGACGAAUUACUCCUUUCCGCUCCAUCAGGGCAUAGCAUUCCAUCUUUGGCUUUGCGUUUGCCCUCUAGACCAUCACAUCUUCCUCUACAUCUCCCAAAAACCGUGAAACGCAAGACACGCGGUCCAGUAGGGUUGCACACUUGUACAUUGAUCGGAUCAACCCAUUCAAACGAUAUGAUCCACAUCCAUUUUACUUAUCAAGACCACUAUCAAAGAUACAAUGGUUCUCAUCUACACGAUUUGAUGAUUCGGAUCCCUGUGGAAAAUAUUGAAUACUUGUUCGAAAGUGUAAGGAAGCAUGAAAUAGAGGAUAGUACUGAAUACAAUGAUGAUUUUGAGUUCGCCCGCUUGUUUCCUGGAGUCCCAAUACUAGAUCCGGAAGAGUGGAGGAAAUACUCUUCUAUGUCUAGGGAGCCAAUGCCCAAUGAUGAGAACCAAUCUGGUGCUGGAUCCAGGAUAUUUAGAUAUGAACAACCUCGUCGAUUUGACGAUAUCACUGAAAGAUCCCGUGAGCCGGUUCAUAUUCACAUGUACGAUUUGAAUAGUGAAGCAAGUAUGAUGCAACCCAGGCUUGGAAUGGCUUUGGGAGGACUUGGAGAAUCACUGGAUCUCGAAGUAAGCGAACAUGAACGCUCAGUGGAAACAACGUAUUCGACUAUGGCUUCUAAUCUAAUCACCGAUGCUCCAAGAACAUCGCUUCCUAGGCCGAUGACCGACGCUCUCCUCAACAAGGUCAUGAUAUCCUAG